AUGGAGGAUCAGCGUACAGAAGAGUUUGAAUGCGUCGCCGCCAUCUUCCCGGAAAUCGAAUUCAAUCCCACUGAUCAGUUUCGCGCAUCUAUCGAAUUAUCCGUUAAUCCUCGAACACCGGUCACAGUCGCAUUUCCAACUGCCUUUGAUGGUGUUCUGAACUUCCCUACUCCACCACUGUCUACUAAUUCUGGCAACGAGGAGGGUGACGACGCUAUUUACAAUCCUCAAGCUAACAAUACCGAAUCGUAUGAACUUACCUACCUGCCUUCGUUACAACUCCAUAUUUCUUUGCCAGAAGGAUACCCAGAAACCGAACCGCCGAAGUUUGAACUGUCCACAAACCCAGCAUGGCUUCCCCGAGCCCGCCUUGAUAAACUUGAGGCCGACGGAGUUCGCAUGUGGGAGGAAAGUGGACAUGAUUUGGUGGUCUUCGCAUACAUUGAUUCUCUUCAACAAGGAGCUGAAAAUGCGUUUGGUUAUGGAGAGGAAGGUAAAAUGUUAGAAAUUUCGCAAGAUGAUAAGAUCUCUCUGCUCGAUUUUGACAUCAAAGCUAUACAAGCCGCCUUCAAUAAGGGAACUUAUGAUUGCGGCGUCUGCCUUAAUCCGAAGAAGGGUUUCGCGUGCCACAAAAUGAUCGACUGCGGACAUGUCUUUUGCAUUGAAUGUUUGCAAGAUUUUUACAAUAACGCAAUCAAAGAGGGUGAUCUUAUAUCAGUUCGUUGUCUGGCCCCGAACUGCGCAAAGGAGCGAGCCGUAAAAUCUACCAAAAAGACUCGAAAGCCGAAAACUCAAUUGAGUCCCAGCGAACUCCUCCAAAUACCCCUUGAGCAUGAUGUCGUCACACGCUUUGUGAAACUUAAGCAUAAAGCUCAGUUAGAAUCCGAUAAGAAUACUGUGUACUGCCCACGCGCUUGGUGUAAUGGGGCCGCUAGGUCAAAGAAAUAUCGCAAGCCAGAAGGUCUCGAAGAUGACGAAAGUUCAGAUGAUGAAUCCGAUACGGAGGCGAAAGGGAAGGAUAAGGGGUUUGUUGCGGGGGCGGACCUCAUUGCGAUCUGCGAGGACUGUUCUUAUGCAUUCUGCAGUCGAUGUUUACAGGGAUGGCAUGGAGAAUUUAAAGCUUGUGCUCCAAAGAGAGAGAAAGAAGAGCUUUCUGAAGAGGAAAAAGCUUCGCUGGAGUACAUGCAACUUCACACUACACCUUGUCCUACAUGUGCAGCUCCAGUACAGAAGACGCAUGGAUGUAACCAUAUGAUCUGCUUCAGAUGCAAUUCUCAUUUCUGCUAUCUUUGUUCGGCUUGGCUGGAACCAGCGAAUCCUUACAAGCAUUUCAAUCAAGAAACCACAGGAUGCUUUCAACGACUUUGGGAGCUUGAAGCUGGUGAUGGUGACGAUGUUGGACGCGGUUUUGAUGGUGGAGUGCAGCUGGAGCCAGCUGUUGAGAUUCUUGAGGAAGAAGAAAUAGUGGUACCCGAGGUGGAAGAACCAGAGCCGGAAAUUCCAGAGCCCGAAGAAGAAAUAGAGCAAGGCGAACGACAGGAAGUAGAACGACAAGCUCCUCUAGUUCUGCGCUUAAAUCAGCUUCGCCCAGCUGCACAACCUAUACCAGCUGUUCCCGAUGCUCCACAAGCCCCUCAUGGCCUUGCCAAUCGAGGACAUCGACAGAAUCAAGGUCGUGGUAACGGAGCUCCUCGUGGUCGCUUCGGCGGUUUGAAUCGACGGGAAGUCCCACGCCAAGCAGCUGGCAUCGGUCGAGGCCGAGGUGACAUCAAUUUCGAUCUCGACGACCAACAUGCAGCAAAUCAGGCUUGGGUCCAGAGAUUUGUCCAAAUGGCAUUGGAUGACGAAGAAGAUCAAUUAGAAUGGGAUGAUGAUGAUGAAGAGAAUCAUGCCGCCUGGGAAAUACCAGUUCGAUGA